AUGAAUCGCUCUAAGGCUCGCUUGUCUUAUUUGAAAUCCAUCAUAAAACUUCCCAACAACGACGCAAAAGAAACUACAAACCUAGAAUCGACAAUUAUUGUGAGUGCUUCAUCGUAUCUCAUGGAAAUUUACGUUGGCACACCGCCAACCAAGCAGAUGGUGACCGUGGAUACCGGCUCUGACUUGUCAUGGAUUCAGUGCCUUCCAUGUGAACAUUGUUUUAAGCAUAAUCAACCCAUAUUUAAUCCCAAUCGGUCAUCUUCGUAUAAAGUACUUAGAUGUGAUUCGAGUGAGUGUCUGAAAUUAGGAGACAAACAUGCUUGUACUCGAUCGAAUGAAAAAUGUAAAUAUCUUUUAUCCUACGGGGACAAUUCAGGUAGCUAUGGGGAACUAGCCUGGGAAACUUAUACAAUGGGAAACAUUUCCAUCCGAAACAUGAUACACGGGUGCGGGCAUCAGAAUUUCGGGUAUUUUAAUGAGGAUAGUUCCGGUAUGAUUGGGCUUGGAGAUGGUCCUCUCUCAUUCUUUGGUCAGACUCGACAUUUGAUUGAUGGAAUGUUUUCGUACUGCCUAGUAUCUCAGGUCGGUCCAAACCCACAUGCAAGGAGCAGGAUUAACUUCGGCAUUAAUGCGGAGGUGUCUGGGCCUACAGUGAUACACACCGAGUUGAUCAAGAAGAAGGGCAUGCCAUUCUAUUUUCUCUCAUUGAAAUCAAUCAGCGUCCGAAAUAGAAUAAUUCAAUUCACAAGAAAAUAUGGUGAAAUCUUAAUAGACUCAGGAACAACUCUAAAUUAUUUCCCCAGGGACGUAAUGCAAAAUUUGAAGGAGGCACUAAUACUUGAGAUUGGUAAACACCCACUUAUGAUUAAUAAUGAAUUUUGUUAUAAAAUGAACACCGAUAUUCCUGAUAUCACCUUCCAUUUUGCUAUGGAAGCUAACUUAACUUUGUCAAAGAGGAACACUUUUUCAGUAUACGGAAAUGCAUUGUGUCUGAAUAUGAAAGCAGAAGAUCAUAUAUCAAUAUUUGGGAACAAAUCACAAAUGGAUUUCUUGGUCGGAUAUGAUAUUCCCAGUAGAAUUAUCUCUUUCAAACCAACCGAUUGUUCAAAGCAUGUGAUAUCAAAGUAG